CAAGGCAUUUGGCUGAUAACACCAACUCCAAAAUUUAGACAUUCUGAACAUCUAGUUGGCUCCAAAUUGUGAACCACAGGAUGAGUAUUCAGUGGGCAUGAGAGAUUGAGAACAUUCUACCAUACCAUAAACCUUGGUGUAGAUCACUUCCUAUUCUGUGGAUUGAAGCCAGAGAGCACAAUGAGUACAAGAAAUCCUCAAAGAAAGCGGCGUGGUGGAGCUGUGAAUUCUAGACAAACCCAGAAGCGAACUCGGGAAACAACUUCAACCCCUGAGAUUUCCUUGGAAGCGGAACCCAUAGAACUUGUGGAAACUGUUGGAGAUGAAAUCGUGGACCUCACCUGUGAAUCUUUAGAGCCUGUGGUUGUGGACCUGACUCACAAUGACUCUGUUGUGAUUGUUGAAGAAAGGAGAAGCCCAAGGAGAAAUGGGAGGAGGUUGCACCAAGACCAUGCUGAUAGCUGUGUGGUGAGCAGUGAUGAUGAAGAACUGUCUAAGGACAAAGACGUAUACGUGACUACCCAUACUCCUUGAAGCACCAAGGAUGAAGGGACUACUGGACUUAGGCCCUCGGGCACCGUCAGUUGUCCGAUCUGCAUGGACGGGUACCCUGAGAUUGUGCAGAAUGGGCGUCUCAUUGUUUCUACAGAAUGUGGCCACGUCUUCUGUAGCCAGUGCCUCCGUGAUUCCCUUAAGAAUGCUAACACUUGCCCAACUUGUAGGAAAAAGAUCAACCAUAAACGGUACCAUCCCAUUUAUAUAUGUAAUGUUCACAACUGCUCAGGAUAGACCAAUGGACAGACAACCGGGCUGGCUUUUCUGCAUGGUAUCUGCCUCCAGUUUCCUGAGCUCAAAAAGACUUUCAAAAAUCAA